AUGGAGCGUGAGCUGCGUGCUGGCCGCAGCUGGUGGGCCAAGCGAGUUCGCGUGCAAUGGGCGGGUCCUCCGAAAGCAGGUGUGGAUGCUGCUGGCUUGCUUUACGACACCGGGCACCGUCCGCCCUGCUGCAUGCAAAAGGGGCAGGGGGUUGCAGAAGACAUCCACAAAGCUCUGGCUGCCGACGAUGCUUGUGCUGCAGACUCUUGUGGGCUCGGCCUGCUGCAGGUGGGCGCGAGCCAGGAGGCGGAGAGCAGCUCAUAUUGGCAAGGUGUGCGCGAAACCGGCACCACGUGCUUCUUCAGCAACUGUCCGGGCAGACUAAAUCCCGUGGACUGCCAUCACUGGCGAUGUGUUUGCCAGGAGGGCAACAAAUACAACCCAGCUGAUGGAGGCGCCUGCGUGGCAAACGAUUCUCCUUCAGCCAGGCGGAUGACGGGCAAGACCUGCUGGCUGACUGGCUGCCCAGAGGAGUAUGGAUCCACGCAGUGUGUCGGACACGAAUGCGUUUGCGAUGUCGGGUUCGAGUUCCAGAAGGCCAAAGGUGCUUGCGUCAGGGCACCCGGGCUCGGUAGGCCUGGGCCUCAGCCUCAAGAACUCCGAGUGCCCACCGCCGCGGCAAGUGGGGAGCAAGGUGUGGAGCAGACAGAGCCAGGCCGCUGCCCAAAGAUCCCAGGCCUGAUCCGCCAGACUGCAAUAACCUAG